CUUCCUCCCUGGACAGUUUCUCGUAAAACCCUAAGUUGUAUUUGACAAAAUGGAUUUCAAAGACUGUAAAUCCAAUAAUCAGCUUGUUUCGGCGUCUUAAAUUCCCCUAUUUCGUUCUUCAUAUUUAUAUCGUCGAUUGGUUUUGUAUGAAAUGGCGACACAGAAGCCUCUGAGGUCCACAGAAGCGGUAGAAGACUUCAUCCUUCGGAAGAUUUUCUUAGUAUCUCUUGUAGAUUCUAUGGAGGAUGAUUCCAGAAUCGUAUAUUUGGAGAUGACUGCAGCUGAAAUUCUCAGCGAAGAUAAACCCCUUUUACUUUCUCGGGAUUUGAUGGAAAGGAUUCUCAUCGAUCGGCUCUCUGGUCAGUUUCCCUCUGCCGAGCCUCCUUUCCCUUAUUUGGUUGGGUGUUAUCGUCGUGCUCACGAGGAGGGCAAGAAUAUUACAUCCAGAAAAGACAAGACUAUUCGGUCCGAGAUGGAAUCCGUGGUCCGGCAGGCGAAGAAAUUAGCUGUUUCGUACUGCCGGAUCCAUCUGGGUAAUCCAGAUAUGUUCCCUAACGGAGAAAACAAUCCACCAAAUAAGACGACUACUUCGCCAUUACUGCCUUUGAUUUACUCAGAAGUUUCGAGCUCAAUUGAUGGGUUUGGAGUAAGUAGUUCUGGUGUUGGAUUGACUUGUCCUCCUGGGUUUAUAGAAGAGUUUUUCCGGGACUCUGAUUAUGAUAGCUCGGAGCCAAUCUUAAAGGGUUUGUAUGAGGAUUUGAGGGGAAGUGUUCUCAAAGUGUCUGCGCUUGGAAACUUUCAGCAGCCCUUGAGGGCGUUAUUGAUGUUAGUUAGCUUUCCUAAUGGUGCCAAGGCUCUGGUGAAUCAUCCCUGGUGGGUUCCCAAGGGGACUUAUGUCAACGGUCGUGUCAUUGAGAUGACAAGCAUUUUGGGUCCUUUCUUUCAUGUCAGUGCUCUUCCUGAUCAUACUAUUUUCAAGAGCGAGCCGGAUGUUGGGCAGCAGUGCUUCUCAGAAGCAUCGACUCGUCGCCCAGCUGAUUUAUUAUCUUCUUUCACAACUAUUAAAACUGUCAUGAAUAACUUAUAUGAUGGUCUUGGAGAAGUUCUUCUCAUUCUCCUUAAGAACACUGAUACACGGGAGAGUGUUCUUGAAUAUCUUGCUGAGGUGAUCAAGAAAAACUCAUCAAGGGCUCAUUUACAGGUUGAUCCAUUAUCUUGUGCAAGUUCCGGAAUGUUUAAUAAUCUCAGUGUAGUCAUGCUUCGACUAUGUGAGCCUUUCUUAGAUACAAAUUUGACCAAAAGGGACAAAAUUGAUCCAAAGUAUGUGUUUCAUGGUACACGUUUGGAUUUAAGGAGUUUAACAGCUCUCCAUGCAUCUUCGGAAGAAGUUACAGCGUGGAUUAAUAAAGAUAAUCCCUCUGACAAAAAGAGUGAUGAUGAGAAUCGCAUAUUACAAUCUCAAGAAGCCACCAGUUCUGGUAACAAUGCUGGUGGACCUACUCUCCUCUCUAAUGCCAGACCAAUGUCAAGUUGUAGUGGGAAACCUAAAUAUUCAUUCAUCUGCGAGUGUUUCUUUAUGACUGCCAGGGUGCUCAACUUGGGCCUGUUAAAAGCAUUUUCUGAUUUUAAACAUCUAGUUCAGGAUUUGUCUAGGUGUGAAGAUACUCUGUCCACUUUGAAAGCCAUGAAGGGACAAGCACCCUCUCCACAACUGGAGUUGGAUAUAGCUCGCAUUGAGAAAGAAAUUGAAUCAUAUACACAGGAGAAGCUAUGUUAUGAAGCUCAAAUACUUAGGGAUGGAGCAAUACUUCAGCGUGCACUGUCCUUCUACAGACUAAUGGUGGUUUGGCUGGUUGAUCUUUUAGGAGGAUUUAAAAUGCCUCUGCCUUCAAGUUGCCCAAUGGAAUUUGCAUGUAUGCCAGAACACUUUGUUGAAGAUGCAAUGGAGUUGAUUAUUUUUGCUUCUCGGAUCCCUAGAGCAUUGGAUGGGGUCUUGCUGGAUGAUUUUAUGAACUUUAUCAUAAUGUUCAUGGCAAGUCCAAAUUUUAUUAGAAACCCAUAUCUAAGAGCAAAAAUGGUAGAAGUCUUGAAUUGCUGGAUGCCCAAUAGAAGUGGUUCUUCUGUGACAACUUCACUUUUUGAAGGGCAUGCACUGUCUCUUGAAUAUCUUGUCCGGAAUCUUCUGAAGCUUUAUGUUGAUAUUGAGUUCACUGGUUCUCACACACAGUUCUAUGACAAGUUCAACAUACGCCACAAUAUUGCCGAACUUCUCGAAUACCUGUGGCAAGUUCCUAGUCAUCGAAAUGCAUGGAGACAGAUAGCUAGAGAAGAGGAAAAGGGGGUUUAUCUGAACUUCUUGAACUUUUUGAUCAAUGAUAGUAUCUAUCUUCUUGAUGAAAGUCUUAAUAAAAUUCUUGAACUCAAAGAGUUGGAAGCUGAGAUGGCAAAUACCACAGAAUGGGAGCAAAGACCCGCCCAAGAGAGGCAGGAAAGAACUCGACUGUUUCAUUCCCAAGAGAAUAUUAUCCGAAUUGAUAUGAAACUGGCAAAUGAAGAUGUCGGUAUGCUAGAAUUUACUUCCGAACAGAUUACGGUUCCUUUCCUUCUUCCAGAGAUGGUUGAAAGAGUGGCUAGCAUGUUGAAUUACUUUUUAUUACAACUUGUGGGCCCUCAACGGAGAGCUCUUAGUCUUAAAGACCCUGAAAAGUAUGAGUUCCGGCCAAAACAAUUGCUUAAGCAGAUUGUCCACAUUUACAUCCACCUGGCGAGAGGAGACAAGGAAAAGGUUUUCCCAGCUGCUAUCUCGAGAGAUGGUCGAUCAUACAAUGAGCAGUUAUUUACUGCUGCAGCAGAUGUGCUACGAAGAAUAGGUGAAGAUGGGAGGGUGAUACAGGAAUUCAUUGAGUUAGGUGGAAAGGCAAAAAUUGCAGCUUCUGAGGCGAAGGAUGCUGAAGCUGCACUAGGAGAGAUACCUGAUGAGUUUCUUGAUCCAAUUCAGUAUACGUUAAUGAAGGAUCCUGUUAUUCUACCUUCUUCAAGAAUCACUGUAGAUCGACCUGUCAUCCAAAGGCAUCUUCUGAGUGAUGCUACCGACCCAUUCAAUCGUUCACAACUCACUCAAGAUAUGCUGAUUCCCAAUGUUGAACUGAAGGCAAGAAUCGAAGAGUUCAUCAGGUCUCAAGAAUCAAAGAAGCAUGGGGAAGGUGUAAACAUGCAAAACACAAAGACAACUAUGCAGACUGUCAAUGAAAAAAUGACCUUGAUUGACUAGAAGUGGCAGAACCAAAGGGACAAGGGGAAGGUGUAGGAGUUGGGCAAAGGAAGCAUCUCGCCCCCCUCCCCCCCCCCCCCCCCCCCCCAGGCCCCCAGGGGAAGGUGUAGGAGUUGGCAAAGGAAGCAUCUCCCCCCA